GGUGUCCUGCAGAGCUGCUUUUUCUCACGUUUGCAGCGGCGGAACUUCUCCGCCGGUCUAGCGCUGGGGUAGUAGCCCCGCAAGGACUGCCCGGGCAGCGGGUAGGGGAGGAGCGCAGAGAACAUCCCAGGGUGAUGUGAGCAGAGCCCAGGAAUGCCUUAUGUGGAUCGGCAGAACCGAAUCUGUGGGUUUUUGGAUAUCGAGGACAAUGAGAACAGUGGCAAGUUCCUUCGGAGAUACUUUAUCCUGGACACCCAGGCCAACCGCCUCCUCUGGUACAUGGACAAUCCCCAGAACCUGGCCUCGGGGGCAGGAGCGGUCGGAUCUCUGCAGCUGACUUACAUCUCGAAGGUGAGCAUAGCUACCCCAAAGCAGAAACCCAAAACUCCACUCUGCUUCGUUAUCAAUGCCCUGUCUCAGAGAUAUUUUCUUCAAGCUAAUGACCAGAAAGAUCUGGAAGACUGGGUGGAAGCCUUGAACCAAGCCAGCAAGAUCACUGUACCUAAGGCUGGGACCCUACCCUUGGCCACUGAAGUUCUCAGAAGCCUAACAGCUCCUCCCACCCUAGAGAAGAAGCCGCAGGUGGCCUACAAGACUGAGAUCAUUGGAGGCGUGGUGGUGCAAACGCCCAUCAGUCAGAACGGUGGGGAUGGGCAGGAAGGGAGUGAGCCAGGCUCUCACGCCUUCCUGCGGAGGUCUCAGAGCUACAUCCCCACCUCAGGCUGCCGUCCUUCCACCGGGCCGCCCCUCAUUAAGAGUGGCUACUGUGUGAAGCAAGGGAAUGUGCGGAAGAGUUGGAAACGGCGCUUCUUUGCCCUGGACGACUUUACCAUCUGCUACUUCAAGUGUGAGCAGGACAGAGAGCCUCUGCGCACCAUACUGCUCAAGGAUGUUCUUAAGACUCACGAAUGUCUCGUCAAGUCUGGCGAUCUCUUAAUGAGGGACAACCUGUUUGAAAUCAUAACCAACUCCAGGACAUUCUACGUGCAGGCGGACAGCCCUGAAGACAUGCACAGCUGGAUCCAGGAGAUUGGAGCAGCUGUCCAGGCCCUCAAGUGCCACCCCAGAGAGCCAUCCUUUUCUAGAUCCAUUUCUUUGACGCGGCCUGGAGGUUCCAGCCUCGCGAGCGGGCCUAACUCCAUCUUGAGGAGGAGGCCAGCGGCGGAGGAAAAAAGGGCUCUCUGUAAGGCCCCUUCAGUGGCCUCCGCCUGGCAGCCCUGGACACCGGUCCCCCAGGCUGGGGAAAAGCUGUCGUCGGCCGAGAGUGCUCCGGAGGACUCUUUAUUCAUGCCUCACCCUGGGGACGGGGUGCUGGCUGGUUCUCGAGUCAGGCACAGGUCGGAGCCCCAGCACCCCAAGGAGAAGCCCUUUGUAUUCAACCUUGACGACGAAAACAUACGGACCUCUGACGUGUGACAUCUGACGUGUGACGUGCAGUGCCGUGGGGUGCAGGAGAGACAGCGGCGCUGUGACUCAUUUUCUCGGCCGUGGCGGAGGACAGAGGCUAAUGGCACUCACCGUGGAGGGGCCCAUCCAGAUGGCUUUUGUUUUUGUGAUUAUCGACACAGUGUAUUUAAUGGGAGGAAGUCACUAGGUUAGACUCACAGGCAUACUCCAUUGCCUCUUGAAUGUCCCUCUCCCCCCAGGUUUCCUAGUGAGGGGUUAGUUUUAAUACUUCCUGUCUGGGGGGGGGGUAGUUGGAGUCUAGUUUCACCCCUAACCAAGUUCCCUUCCACCUUGUAUUUCUUUUAUCUUCUUGGUUUUGUGUCCAGUCUAUCUACAGGAUCUCAGGCUAAGAGCUGGUUUCAUCCACUCGUUUUUGUUUUUUUUUUUGUUUUUUGUUUUGGCUGAAGUGUGGGGAUCAGGCAAAUGGUUACCAUCAGGACUGAAAGGCAUCAGGUGCGGGAGACUCAGCUUACAGCUUGAUUGGGAUCCAUCUCAGAGGUGGCCUUAGAAUCUGGGGAGUGAAGGGUGAACUUGAGAAUGUCUUCCCAGGCAGUUCCCUCAGGACACCUCCCAGGGGAGGAGAGGGGGCCUCUUAUGAGUCAUGAGGGCUAAUUAAACUGCCAUAGCGUAACUCCCACUUGUGAGAAUUAUGCUGUCCUCUUGAUUCCCUGUGACCCCAAAUGCUCUAGAUUUGGGUGACAGAGCCACCAGUCUGUUUUCUAUGUCAGGCCCCGAGGAUAGGGUUAUUAGUGUUAAAAUAUUAGGACCGUGAAGACCAGAACAGACACUCCCCUUGAAACCAUGUUAUUUGAGUAUGUAUGAUGGUUAAGUGUGGAGUGAUAUCCCCCCCCCCCUCCGUGUGUGUAUACAAUCUCUAUCUCAGAGGCUUAAUGUAAAGCAGCUACUGAGAGGGGAUGGAUGGUUGUUAAUUUCAGGAAGCAUCUUUGGUUCAUGUUUUCCAGACAGGAGAAUGGUUCUGCUCUGGGAUAGAAUCUUGCAUCCCUGUCUCGGAGCUCUUUCGGAAUGAGUCGACAUUUGUCUAACGUUAAGCGCUUGUAUAUUGUGCACCCUGCUGAUGGACUUGCUUUUUAUACUUUAAGUUGCCUGUUAAAUGAAGCCAUGCAUACAGUGGGUGGAACCCCAGCAUCUGAUAAGAUCCUCUGUACUCGCCAAUGGAGAAACAGCAAAGAUGAACUUUUUUCAAUAGUUAUAUUUUUAUGGAAUAGAAACUGGGAAUGAAGAAACUGAACCAGUGGAUGAAUUGUUGGCUAGGAUUUGCUGGGUUCUAGAAGAAUUUGGAAGAUUGCAUUUCUACCCAAAAUUUAGGGUGUGGUUUUUCCAUUGGCCAAGAUACUAUUUCCAUUGCCUUUGGGGGCAUUUGUCUAUCAGCCUUCAGUGAACUGUGUUCCCAGAGACUUUGGGCUGUUUCCACAAGGAGAGAUGUGGCUCAUUCCUAUCUGUGUAACAUUUAUCACUGGAUAAGUUAGGUGUAUAUCUUAGUUAGGAAUUUGUAGCUCUAAGAAGAGACUAGGAGGCAUUUUUAUUUAAGCCAAUCUUUGUGUCCAUAGUUAAUGCAAAAGAAAAACAGGCAUAAAGUUUCGUAAGUGUGAAAGGAAGUGUUUUCUUUCUAAUGUGACUAGGACCCUGAAGCCAGUGCCACACUGAAGAUCCCUGAGCUCAGUGUGUGGGAGCUAUCCCCCACUUUAACUUUGGCCUUAUUUUAUUCCUGGUUUAAAAAAUGAAAACCACUGGAUUGCUGUCUCUUUUUCUGUUUUCCAUCUUUUCCCCUCCCCACUUUAUUAUUAUUUUUUAAAAAAACUUUUGUGUAUUUUGGUUUUCAUAAACUCUUGCUUUGGGGAUUAUUUAUUUAUGAGUGCUCAAGGUUACAACUUACUUCAAAAGCCAGUCCAAAUUCUUAAAGUCCUUUGUCUCUGGUUUCAACUUAAAAUCUUUCUCUAGAAAAUUCUUUGGCUGCUCAACAGAAUUGCUCAGUCUGAGAUGAGGAACUAAUGAAAAUAAGCUAGGAACUCCAGAACGGGUUUUGCACAUUCCCUGACUCAUGGAGAUGAUGUCAUCUCCUGGUGUUUAAAUUGCAAAAUCUGUCUGUCUUGCUCCUACAAACUGUUUGCUAGGUUAUUACUGCUGCAUUAACUGGUCAUUAUAGAAAGCUGAUAGGUUUCAUUAAGUAUUUUGAGACUGUUGUUAGAUUAAACCCAAUGCAGUUUACAUUAUGUAAAUAAAGGAAAAGUACAGAAUUUCAUUGACUCUAACUGGCCAACACGUGGGAAUUCCAAAUUAGAACAUUGUUAUAUAGUUUUGGUGUUGGGAAAAUAUGAUUACUUUUGUGAAACCCAGAAACAUUCAAUUCUCAAUUCUUAUUUCAGAAUUCUCUUUCUGUCUGGAUUUCUGACCAGUUUUAUACUAAUCUCCCUCACCCCUCUCCACUUUUGAAUUUGUUUUUGCUGGAGUCUUGCUAUGUAGUCCAAGCUGGCUUUGAACUGGUAAUCCUUCUGACUCCAACCCACCUCUGAGUGCUUGGAUUACAAGCAUGUACCACCAUAUCCAGCCUAUCACAGUAUUUUAAUGUGAGCCAAAGAUAGUGCAUACACUUUUAGUUUUCAGUGUAUAAACUAGAACACUGUGGGGGGAACAAGGUGUGAUACAAUGUGGGUUUGUAGUUAAGCAAAUGUUGUGGAUAAAUCAGAAAGGAUUUCUGAAUUAUAAAAGGUACUACUUUUUAGGGGGAGGGGGAACAAAAGCAGUCUUGUGGGUUGGGUCCCUCUACAAGGCUUCUGAGGAAGUGUUCUCGGCACCUGAAACCUCGAGAGGUUUGAUGGACCUGCUUACCAAGGUCAGGUGAUGGCAAAAAUUCUGUGUUUUUCUCAUUCUGUGAACCCUGAUGAGGAUAUGGAACCACAGCCAGAGAAGGGACCUCAGGACAAGGCAGUGGAAUGACACCCCUACCCCCAAGUAGAAUGCUGAGCUCCUGGGGAAGAUUUAAAGUCCAGCAUCUUAGUUUACUGGAAGAAAACUGGUUUUGUUUCCUCCUUUUUAGAACAUAAAUGUGUUUUCUUUGGGACUAAAAUGACUCUAAAUAACAGAUCAGUUGGUGAGCGGCGAAUUUGAUGUUUUCAGUGUUAACCAAAUAAACAGUCAUCUGGUAGCCAAUGGCAGCAUUUUGGAAAUUGAGGUUCCUAUGUCACCUCUUCAACUUUGAAAAAAAUUUUUUUUCUUUCCUCUAAAAUCUGUUUUCCUCACUCUCCCGUUUUCUCUGUGUGUUAUUGCCUGCCGGAGUCAAUGACAGUCACCCAUACUAGGUAGGCUCCUAAUAAAGUAAAUGUUUGGCGAAAACACACAGCGUGACCCCCUUGCUCCUCUGUUUAUGAAGGUGUGGCACGUCCCGUUUGAGCCAGUGUGAAACACACCUCCGAAAGCACUGAGCUGAGUGCAUGGAAACUCCAGCUUCGUAGGUUGUCUGAUUUCCUAAUUGGUAUGUAGCAAAACGUAAUUUUCUAAAACGGUUCGGUUGCUUGUUUUUGUAAUAAUAAAAAAAAACAUGUGAAAUAUGAAA